CCAUCACUGCCGAAUUGAGAGCCUGUCUCUAUGACAACGUAGUACAGGCGGGGUUUGCCAGCUGGAGGCUGAGUCAAUCAGUCCUCAGUUGGCAUCACCGCUCGGAACCUCCACGCUGCAUCACGCCCUGAGUGGAAUGGAAGAAAAGGACAAGAAAGAGCAUGGGGAGUAUAUCGGAGAGAUAAAGGGUGGGCUGCGGCCUUCAAUGAAACUGGUUGUUAUGGGAAUUAUCAACAAAAAACCCAAGAGCAUCGAGGUGACUCUGUCCAGUAGGCCUCAGGAGGAGGACUCAGAGGGCGACGUUGGACUUCAGUUAAAGGUCAACUUCGUGGACAAGGCUGUCCAACGCAACGCCUGCCUGGCUGGGAAGUGGGGUCCAGCUGAAAACACCCUCUCCUUCUUCCCUUUCGCACCUGGAGAAUCCUUCAAGAUGGAGAUCGUUUGUGAGCACCAGCAGUUUCGUAUCUUGGUGGACGGACAGCCUCUGUGUGGAUUCACCCACCGGCUCCCCAAGCUCGCCUCCCUCACGGCCUUACGAGUCUUCGGCGACCUGCAGCUCACCAAGGUGGCCUAACACCAGCGAUUAAAAGAAGGGGGGAAAAACCACACACAUGAGGGUGUUUUGGGACAGUAUUCAACACAUAAGAUUAGACUAGAGCUACCUUUUGAGUGAAUGAAAUUAACCCACGGUGGGGAUGAUAUGUCUCCAGAACCGGUUCCAAACGAAGUUACCUGCCUGCCUCGUAAUCACGUGUUGAGACAAAGUGCCUUCACUAGAUUACCAGUUUGGGGACUUGAUAAAGACGAAUGACUGAAUGCUCAUCAGUGUCUUAAAUAAGAUGAAGAAUGUGAUUUGGACUGAAUUUUCCUUUUAAAGCAAAUGUGGUCCAAGCUAUAACAUAUUCCCUCAAAGAACGUUGCAGCUGUAUCAGUUUUCGUGCAUUCAAAUCUCCCACGUUUGUUUUUGAUUUCUCUGGGGUCAACCUUUGAAAGCACUUACGUUUACGAGCGCCCGCAUGAAGAUGAAUGUGUCUCCGAAAUCAUUUGAUUGUCUUUCUGUGCCCCGACUAAGUACUGUAACAGGUGUAAUAAUGUAAAACAGUCCGAGUAGGCUAAGUUAGUGCAUGCCAGUAAUACACACAGUUAUGUUUGAGUGCUCCGAGUUCGCCUCCAGAGUAAACAGCAAGCUGGAGGGGAUCAGGUUUGUGUACUUGUCUUUUACCACUAGCACUUUUGAUGUGAAUGUUUCAUAUUGACUCACUGCAAUAAAUCACUUGUGUUGUUA